CAGCUUCAGUAAAUCAAAGAUUAUUUUCAUCACCUACAGCCGUUUACGGUACUCAGCCACAAUGACGCUUCGAAUGAACGCCUCUCGCCCGACGGCAGCCCAUGUUGCUCGCCAUGGUGCGCUUCCACGUCGCGUGCCCCGGCUGCUAACGACACGUGUGCGCGCAGAGAAGUCAGCCCUCGCAAAGUUGUCAGACGCUAUGGGCAUGCCCACUGAUGAGGGAUAUUUCGGCUUCACACCAUUCAGCGAGAUGUGGGUUGGCCGCUGGGCCAUGAUCGGCUUCGUGUCGUCCGUUGCAGUGGAGUUUGCGACCGGCAAGGGCACCCUGGCGCAGCUGGGUCUGUCCGCCCCCUCCACCCCGCUGCUGGCGGCGCUGCUGCUGCUGAGCGGCGGCGCCACCGCAGCCGCCUCCGCAGUGACCGUACAGCAGCUGCGGCAGCGGAGCAUGAGCCGCACCCAACUGGAGCGCUACCGCUCCUUCCUGGGCCUCACCCGAGGGGAUGAGCUGGCGGCGGAAAGCGCAGCUCGCAGCCUCAAGGGCGGCCGUCCACUAGCACCAGCACCACCACCAUCAGCAUCGGCAGGAGCAGCAGCAGCAGCGGCAGCCGCCACCUCCACAGCUGGCGACACUGCCCCCACCAUGGAGGCCGCAACCACCCUCAUCGCCGAGAAGGAGGAGGGCCGGGCAGCGGGUGGGUCGUUGACGGGAGUGGUGUCGACCUCAUCAGCGGCAGCUGCUGACGCGAGGCCGCAGCAGGCGCCCACGCAACCAGCAGCUGCAGCAACGUCAUCAAGGAAUGCAACCCUGACUGCGGAGGAGCUGUACGGCCUGGACGAGGGGAAGUACGCACGAGAUGUGGAGAUAGCUAACGGCCGUGCCGCCAUGCUGGGGUUCCUGGCAGCGGUGCUGGUGGAGGCGGGCAGCGGGCGGGGCAUCCUGGCGCAACUGGUGUUGUACGGCAAGCUGAGCGGACUGCUGGGGGCGGCAUCGGGCUUUUGAGAGGAGGGGGGAAGAGAGGGAGGAAAGGCAGUGAGGAGCGCUGAGGGGAAACAAUGCAUGGCGGAUUAUAGGAAUUUCUCUGAUGCUGCCGUGCGGAGAGAACGAGUGCGCUGGACGAGGUGCGGUCGGCUGGUGUGCUGUUUCCAUUCAUCCAAUGCCUGGAGGUUGUGUUGAAGAGCGGCCAGUGAACGGACAGUGUAUGGUACAUUGGCUGAGUUGUGCAGAGUUGGUGUUUUGAUGUUUGCGAACUGCUCGCAUGUAUCUUGUCAUAAGUUGUUGAGCGGAAGCAAGUGAGGGACGGUAGGGUAACGUGUGAGAGAGCCUUGAGGAGGGAACUCGUGCGGUUUGUAUGGUUGACCGACAUAUACUCUGUUGACAUCCUUGUACAGCAGCAUGUAUGUAUACCGUUACUUAAUAAUCUCUUUGUGCAUAACACUGUGGUGUAGAAUAUUUUUCAACGAGUGGACAUGCCUAUGUACCAAUUUCCUACUCCGGUAGGGAUAUGUGGUAAAACAACAUCAUCUCCGAAACAUUAUGUAAUCCUUGCAGACAGAUAGACAGUAUACUGCUGCAUUAACGUGUAUCCCGUUACAAUAUGUUCGAUGACUGCGACCAUAUGUUGUCCAAUCUUGUCCUCUUCCUACGCACGUACUACUCCCACCAGCGCAUGCGAACAUUACGUAGCUAACCAGCAGCGCACAAAUCGAACCUGGCAUA